AUAUAAGGAGAGGCGGGAUACAAAUAAAUAUUAUUUAUUAUUAUUAUUAUCAAAUCUGCAAAAGUCAAAGCUGCAGAUGUGGAGGGCCAAUUGUAUCAUUUUUUGUGUAUAGGUCAAGCUUCUUAGAUUUCAUUGCCCUUUAUAGAGAGCCCUUAGAGGGCCUCCAUACAGCAAUGACUUGUAUGGGGCAAGUAUAUAAUGGAGUUGCUUGGUAGGCUUGGCUUCUUGGCAGCCAGUCAGAGUUCAGGUAGACUCCCGGGGGGAGUUUGGGGGGGCUCCCAGGCAAUUACAAUACUGUAUAUAAAAGCAGGAAGGACUGAGAGGUUCUUCAUUGAGAAUCAGAUAAGGAAUCUGACUGGCAGUCAAAGAGGGAUUCAUACAGGAGAGGGGUUAGUCCAGAGGGGAAUGUGAUAAGCCUGCAAGGGUAUGCUAAUAUAACCACACUAGGUUAACCGGUAUCUGUGUGACUGAAUUCCAAACAUUGUAAAUGAAGGCAAGCAGGCGGCUUAAGGUAUGGAAUUGAUAAGGGGAAGACACUUGGGAUCCUAACCUUUAUAUACUUGGGGAGAAUGAGCAGGGUAAGGGCCUUAUAUCAUGAAAGUUCAAAGGUAACUUCAAGCAUAUAAGGAAUGUUGUGCAAAAACCUCAAUCAUUUAUUUUGUAUCCCAGUGUAAAUUCAGGCUUGAUUUUCACUCAGAGCCAUUUAAUUGACUAUAUAAAUGUGUACUUCAUUUGUACUUACUGCAGGUAUGCAUAGGUCCAGAAUGGUCUCCAGAUGUAGGGAGAGAGGAGAACCGACAUUGAAAGCUUUCUCCAUGGAGGAAAUUGCAGGAAGAAUGACCUUGGAACAGAUUACCUUUUGGGAUAUUGCUAUAUAUUUCACAGAGGAAGAAUGGGAACUGUUGGAUCAGAACCAGAGAUUUUUGUACAAGGAGGUCAUGAUGGAAAAUAAUGAGAAUAUAUCUUCCCUGGGAGACCAUGUGAAUCCUCAGAGAAGCCACAUAGGAGAGAAGCCAUACAAAUGCCAGCAGUGUGGGCAAUGUUUUGUUCGCAAAGCACACCUUCAAAGACACCAAAGAGUCCACACAGGAGAGAAACCAUACAAAUGCCAGCACUGUGGGAAAUGUUUUGCUCAGAUGUCACACCUUCAAGUCCACCAGAGAGUCCACACAGGAGAGAAACCGUACAAAUGCUGGCACUGUGGGAAAUGUUUUGCUAAGAGUUCUUCCCUGGUGAAGCAUCAGAGUCUCCUCACAGGAGAGAAACCAUACAAAUGCCAGGAGUGUCAGAAAUGUUUUGCUGACAAGUCAAACCUUACAAGGCAUCAGAGAAUCCACACAAGAGACAGACCAUACAAAUGCCAGCACUGUGGGAAAUGUUUUGCUCAGAGGUCUGAUCUUGUGCAUCAUCAGAAAGUCCACACAGGACAGAAGCCAUACACUUGCCAGCGCUGUGGAAAAUGUUUGGCUGAGAAGACUUCUCUUGUAAGGCAUCAAAGUCUCCACACAGGAGAGAAACCAUACAAAUGUCAGGAAUGUGAGAAAUGUUUUGUUGACAAGUACUACCUUUCAAGGCAUCAGAGAGUCCAUCUUGGAGAACAACCAUACAAAUGUCAGCAGUGUGGGAAAUGUUUUGCUCACAAUUCGGACCUUGUGCAUCAUCAGAGAGUCCACACAAGACACAGGCCUUACAAAUGUGAGCUCUGUGGGAAAUGUUUUGCUGACAGGAGUUCCCUUGUAAGGCAUCAGAUUCUCCACACAGGAGAGAAAUCAUACAAAUGCCAGGAAUGUGAGAAACGUUUUUCUGACAAGUCAAACCUUUCAAGGCAUCAGAAAACCCACACAGGAGAGAAACCAUACAAAUGCCAACAGUGUGGAAAAUGUUUUGCUCAGAAGUCAAAUCUUGAAACUCACAGAAGAGUCCACCUGAGAGCCCACACAGGAGAGAAGCCAUACAGAUGCCAGCAUUGUGGGAAAUGUUUUGCUGACAAUUCAGUCCUUUUGAGACAUCACAGAGCCCACACAGGAGAGAAACCACAUCAAUGUCAUCAUUGUGGAGAUUGCUUUACUCAGAGGUCAGUCCUUCUGACUCAUCAGAGAAUUCACACAGGAGAAAAACCAUUCAAAUGUCAGCAAUGUGGAAAGUGUUUUGCUCAGAAGUCAACCCUUGUGGCUCAUCAGACUGCCCACACAGGAGAGAAACCAUACAAAUGCCAGAAGUGUGAGAAAUGUUUUGCUCAAGGUUCAAAUCUUUUGGCACAUCAGAGAGUCCACACGGGAGAGAAACCAUACAAAUGCCUGCAGUGUGGGAAAUGCUUUGCUUACAAGUCAAACAUUGUGACUCAUCACAGAAUUCACACAGGAGAGAAACCAUACCUGUGCCAGCAUUGUGGGAAGUGUUUUUCUCACAAGUCAGAUCUUGUGACUCACCAGAGAGCCCACACAGGAGACAAACCAUACCAGUGCCAGCAGUGUGGAAAAUGUUUUGCUCGCAAUUCAGACCGGGAGAUUCAUCAGAGAGUCCAUACAGGAGAAAAACCAUACAGAUGUCAUCUUUGUGGGAAAUGUUUUGUUCAGAAUUCAUGCCUUCUAAGGCAUCAGAAUGUCCAUGACAGAGAGAAAGCAGAAAUCUAAAAUGCUUUUUGUUUGGAGAGAUCAUGCUUCUAGAUUCUGUCUCAUAAAAGUAUUAUGUAUUUAUUUCAUUUAUUUAUAUCCUGCCCUUUCCCCAAAACUGUGACUCAAAGCAGCUCACAACAUUUAAAAAAAAAUACAAUUAAAAGCAUGCAAAAAGUGUACAAUAUAAUAGAAUUAAAUUAUUACAUAGUAAAAGAAUAAAACACAUUUAAAAAGCUAAAAAUGAACAUGAACUUUAAAGCAACAUAGAAUAAAAGCAUAUGCAGACGAUCUGGUUAUAAUAGUGGAAAACCCUUUGAUAAGUGUGGGAAAAGCCCUUCAGUUGGUUGAGGUUUUUGGGGAAUAUGCGGGCUUCAAAAUAAAUAAGUCCAAAUCUGCAAUGGUGACAUGUAAUUUGGGAAAAACGAAACAAGAAAAUCUACAAAUAAGAACGGAAAUACACAUUGAGGAAAAAAGUCAAAUAUUUAGGAAUAUACAUAAUAAAUAAAAAUAGUGAUCUCUUUGAUAACAAUUAUAGCAAAAUUUGGCAAGAAAUAAAGAAAAAUUUGGAAACUUGGUCGAAAUUACAAAUAUCUUGGUUGGGUAGGAUUGCAUUGUUUAAAAUGAGUGUACUUCCCAAAAUAAUUUUUCUAUUUCAAAAUUUACCACCUAACGACCUAAUAUUUGGACAAUGGAAAAAAGAUAUAUUGAAAUUUAUUUGGACAAAUAAAAAAGCAGGAAUAAAGUGGUCAUCAUUAACAGAUAGUAAGGAGAGGAGAGGAUUAGGUUUACCCGAUCUCAAAUUACAGUAUAUUAUCACGCAUGCUGCAUAGAUUGGAUUUGGGAAUGGAUACAUUUAGAAAAUCAGAAUCUACUAAAUUUAGAAGGGUUUAACCUAAUUAACCUAAUACAAGGAGAAAAUAUACAGGUCUAUCCCAGAUUGGGUGUCCCCACGCGAAGCUUUAUUAAAAAGAACAGGAAUAGAGAGAAGAAAUUGGCUAAGAUAUAAAGAAAUUUUAAAAACAGAGAAGGGAAAAUUUUUAAUGAAAACAAAGAAAGAAUUAGAAGAAAAUGGUAUUAAACUAAAAUGGUUCUCAUAUUUACAACUGAGUGAACGAUAUAGGCUAGAUUAUAAACAACCAGGUGUGAGCAGGAAAGAAACUGAAUUAGAUGUGAUUAUUAGGGGUGGUAAUAGGAAAGGGCUGAUUUCAAAAAUUUGUAAAUUAUGCCUUAAAUUGGAAUUGGAAGAGGAAAGGAUGAAAUCGUGCAUGAUUAGCUGGGCAAAAAACAUAGGACACCCAAUAAAUUUGGAAAGAUGGGGAAAAGCCUGGGGAAAAGAUUUAAAGUUCACAUUAUGCAUGGAUAUAAAAGAAAAUGUAAUAAAAAUGAUCCAUAGAUGGUAUUUGACCCCUUCCAGAUUAAGUAAAAUAUAUAAAAACAACACAGGUAUAUGAUGGAGAUGUAAUGAGAAGGUUGGCUCUUUUUACUGCAUCUGGUGGACUUGCCCUAAGGUACAAACUUUCUGGUGUAGGAUCAAGGAAACUAUACAAAAGAUAUACCAAAUUGAACUAAAGUUGGAACCUGAGCUGUUUUUAUUGAAUAUGGUGGAUAGUAAAGAAAUUAGACAGUAUCUGAAACCAAUAUUGUAUUUGAUAACUAUUGGAAGAAUGUCAUUAGCUAAAGUCUGGAGAAACUCUGAAGUUCCCACAGUGGACACAUGGCUUUGUAAAUCGUUGGAAAUAGUAGAAAUGGAUAGGAUAACUAUGGCUUUAAAGGAAAAAUAUGAAGAGUCAAAAGAAAUCUGGGACCCAUUGUUAAAAUAUUGCAAAGACAGAUGGAAGAUAUAAUAUAACACCUUAAGUAAUCUCAACCUUUGGCAUUUCUACUUUCCAAGUUUAAACAAUAAUAUUGUAAUAUAGCAGUAAGGAUAUGAAAUAACGAAGAAAGCUUAAUGUUUGGAUGCAGUCUUAGUAGAUGAUUAAGAGUUAAAAAAAAGUACAAAUGUUGAUCAUAGUUACAGUUACAUUAUGUUUAUAGAGAGAAAUAAUUUUGAUUAGCCGUUAAGAAGAUAUUUACUGAAACUUGGAAUGUAUAUGAAAGAUUAUGAAAAAGCAAUAAUCUGUGUGUGUAAAUAUUUUAAAUUUAUUAAAGGUUAUUAUUAAAAAAUUAAAAA